AUGCGGUCAAUGCCGGCGUCUCCAUUGCCGCUCCUGACCCUCUUCAUCAUCUUCUUGCUGCCGCUGCUCUGCUGCCCGCUCGCGGCCAAUGGAGGAGGGGCUCCGCCGCCCAUGGCUUCCUCUCCGGCGGCUGCGGCUGCGUCCACGGCCGUCGGCGACCUCGUCUCCUCCAACGGCAGCGUCGCUGUGCCUCCGGCAGCCGCGGCGCCUGCUCCCUUUGUGCUCACUGUGGAACUGGAGGAAACGCACCACCAUUUGCGCAGGCAGAUUCUCAUCGCCGUCGUCCUCGCUUCCAUCGCCGGUGUGAUGAUCGUCCUCGCUGUGCUUUUUGCCUGCAUCGCGUGGCGGCGAUAUCGCGGAGCUCCAGACGACUUCAAGGACACCCAAAGCACAGAUACCCAAAGGAUAGCAUUGGUGCCAAUCUUGAGCAGGUUCAACUCAUUCAAGGCUACCAAGAAGGGCCUUGUGGCGAUGAUGGAGUACGCGUCGCUGGAGGCGGCGACGGGCAAUUUCAGCGAGAGCAAUGUGCUCGGGGUCGGUGGAUUCGGGUGUGUGUAUAAGGCCAAUUUUGAUGGAGGGUUUGUCGCUGCAGUGAAGAGGCUGGGGUGUGAGGGGCAGGAGUACGAGAAAGAAUUUGAGGUGAAUGAGCUGGAUUUGCUUCAGAGGAUUCAGCAUUCGAAUAUAGUGUCCCUUGUGGGCUUCUGCAUUCAUCAGGAGAACCGCUUCAUUGUUUAUGAGCUGAUGGUGAAUGGAUCACUGGAAACACAACUUCAUGGACCAUCACAUGGAUCAGCUCUAAGCUGGCACAUUCGGAUGAAGAUUGCUCUUGAUACAGCAAGGGGAUUGGAGUAUCUUCAUGAACACUGCAAUCCACCAAUCAUCCAUAGGGAUCUGAAGUCGUCUAACAUACUUUUGGAUUCAGAUUUUAAUGCAAAGAUUUCAGAUUUUGGCCUUGCAGUGACAAGUGGAAAUCGCAGCAAAGGGAAUCUGAAGCUUUCUGGUACCUUGGGCUAUGUUGCCCCUGAGUACUUACUAGAUGGGAAGUUGACUGAGAAGAGCGAUGUAUAUGCAUUUGGAGUAGUACUUCUUGAGCUUCUUUUGGGCAGGAGGCCAGUUGAAAAGAUGGCACCAUCUCAGUGCCAGUCAAUUGUUACAUGGGCCAUGCCCCAGCUAAUUGACAGAUCCAAGCUCCCUACCAUAAUCGACCCUGUGAUCAGGGACACGAUGGAUCGGAAGCACUUGUACCAAGUUGCUGCAGUGGCUGUGCUCUGUGUGCAGCCAGAACCAAGCUACAGGCCACUGAUCACAGAUGUUCUCCACUCUCUGAUUCCCCUGGUGCCCAUGGACCUUGGAGGGUCGCUGAGGAUCAACCCGGAGUCGCUUUGCACGACACGAAAUCAAUCUCCGUGCUGA